AGAGUGGUGGUUGACAUGCAAUUGAGGUAUUCCCAUAAUAAUGUCAUUUUGAUUGAAAAAAAAAAUUGAGAUGAAAGGAGAUUUUUUCAUCUUUUUGAUCUCCUUUCAUCGUCCCUCAAAAUCCAUCUUCAUGUAUUAUUAAGGGCAAAUACCUCACCGCCGUCGCCGCCGUCGUCGCCGUCGCCGUUCUCCGUCAACCAUGUAUCAAGUUGGUAUCCAUCAUGAGGGAGAUAGUUUGGAGCAUCCUCCUUCGCUUGCCGACGGUGGGGCCCACGUAUCAGUAGAUACAGUUGGAGAAGAUGGGAAAGGUGGACAAACUCCAGAGGGAAAGAGAAAAACGGAGCUUCCAUCAAAGUUCCCUUUUUUGAAUAUCUCCAGGAAUCUAGUAUUGGCAUACCAAAGUCUUGGGGUGGUAUAUGGAGAUUUGAGCACAUCACCGCUUUAUGUCUAUAGGAGUGUAUUUGACGGGAAGUUGCAAGAUCAUCAGUCUCCGGAAACAAUAUUUGGUGCAUUUUCAUUGAUCUUCUGGACAAUAACACUCAUUCCUUUGCUCAAAUAUGUAUUUAUCGUAUUGUGUGCAGAUGAUAAUGGUGAAGGUGGUUCAUUUGCUCUUUACUCUCUGCUCUGUAGACAUGCAAAGUUUAGUCUACUUCCCAACCAACAAGCAGCUGAUGAGGAGCUAUCUUCUUACAAAUAUGGCUUUUCUGGGCGGUCAACAGCAGGUUUUCAGUUGAAGAGAUUUCUUGAGAAGCAUAAAAAGUCACGUACAGUAUUACUUGUUAUUGUUUUAUUGGCUGCUUGUAUGGUCAUAGGCGAUGGUGUUCUGACACCUGCAAUGUCAGUCAUAUCAUCGAUGUCAGGGAUACAGGCUGCUGCAGAUCACCUAACUCAUGAUGAAGUGGUGUUUCUUUCUUGCAUAAUAUUGGUUGGCCUGUUCGCUUUACAGCAUUCUGGAACCCACAGGGUUGGAUUUUUGUUUGCACCAAUCGUGCUCAUCUGGUUGAUAUCAAUUAUGAUAAUUGGGUUGUACAACACUAUCAUUUGGAACCCCAAAAUUGUGUCUGCUUUUUCGCCCUAUUAUAUCAUCAAGUUUUUUAGGGAUACAGGAAAAGAUGGUUGGAUUUCUCUUGGAGGUAUUCUCCUCUCAGUUGCAGGUACUGAAGCUAUGUAUGCAGAUCUUGGUCAUUUCUCUGCCUUCUCCAUGAGGAUUACAUUUGCAUUUGUGGUGUAUCCGUGCUUGGUGAUACAGUACAUGGGUCAAGCUGCUUUUCUGUCAAAAAAUCUAGAUUCCAUUCCAAAUAGCUUCUAUAGCUCAAUACCUGAUGGUGUAUACUGGCCUGUUUUUGUUAUUGCAACCCUUGCAGCCAUUGUGGGCAGCCAAUCUAUCAUCACAGCCACGUUCUCAAUCGUCAAGCAAUGUAAUUCACUAGGUUGCUUCCCGCGGGUCAAGAUUGUCCACACCUCAAAGCAUAAAGGGCAGAUCUAUGUACCAGAAAUAAAUUGGAUCCUGAUGAUUCUCACUCUUGCUGUGGCUAUCGGGUUCCAAGAUACAACUUUGAUUGGAAAUGCAUACGGGCUAGCUUGCAUGACAGUUAUGUUUAUCACAACAUUCCUCAUGACACUUGUUAUAAUCUUUGUGUGGCAAAGAAGUUUAGUAUUUGCCGCUGCUUUUCUCCUUUUCUUCUGGUUCAUCGAAGGUCUCUACCUAUCUUCCGCAGCCAUUAAGGCUCCACAGGGAGGAUGGGUAUCCCUUUUGCUCUCUUUUAUCCUCUUAGCCAUCAUGCUUGUGUGGCACUAUGGAACUCGCAAGAAGUACAAAUAUGACCUGCACAACAAAGUUCCAUUGAAAUGGAUCCUUGGCUUGGGUCCGAGCCUUGGUAUUGUCCGCGUCCCAGGGAUAGGGCUAAUAUACUCUGAACUGGUAACAGGAGUUCCACCUAUCUUCUCUCACUUUGUCACAAAUCUCCCUGCGUUUCAUAAUGUAAUGGUGUUUGUAUGCGUCAAAUCUGUUCCUGUACCUCAUGUCUCAUCCGAUGAGCGCUUCCUCAUUGGUCGUGUUGGCCCAAGACCAUAUCGCAUGUAUCGUUGCAUUGUUCGAUAUGGUUACAAGGACGCACAGCAAGAUACUGGGAACUUUGAGGACCUUCUCAUCCAAAGUGUAGCAGAGUUCAUCCAAAUGGAAGCUGUGGAACCACAAUUAUCAAGCUCCGAUAGUUCAUCACUUGAUGGUAGGAUGGCAGUUAUAAGCACAAAUCUACAGUCACACUCACCAUUUAUCAUAGAUGAUGAUUUUGAAACAUGUUCCACCAUUCAAAGCAGCAAGUCACUGACACUUCAAAGUGUAAGAUCUUUUUAUGAUGAUGGGAGCCAUGAAAACAGAAAACGACGAAUCAGGUUCAACUUGCCAGAGAACUCUGGCAUGGAUCCUGAAGUUAGGGAUGAGCUUAUAGAUUUGGUUCAGGCAAAGGAGUCAGGGAUUGCAUAUAUAAUGGGACACUCAUGUGUCAAGGCACGUAGAUCGUCCUCUUGCUGGAAGAAAUUUGUCAUUGACGUUGCAUAUUCAUUUCUGCGUAAGAACUGCAGAGCUUCCGCUGUUGCACUUAACAUUCCUCACAUUAGUCUUAUUGAAGUUGGCAUGAUAUACUAUGUCUAGAGAGAGGCUUGGAGCCAAGAGAACGUUGAACGCCUUCAUCGGAGUUACCUGCAGAAUCUUUUCACAGGUAGAUGAACUUUUUCUUGAAUAUUUUUGCCCCAAAUACCAAGUCUUGCUCAUCACUAAUCUUUGUAUUGUUAGUAUAUAUAUAUUUGUUAUAUCAUCUCUUUCACAUAUGACCUGUAUUUAUUUGUGUAUUUUAUAUAGUUAGAUAGAGACAGUAGUUAUAAUUUUAAUAGGUGAUUUAAGCUAUGAUUGAAAUAUAGCUAUAUAGGCUUUUGUAAUCUAACAUUUUGAUUUUUUUUUUAAAAAUUGUAAACUAUUUAUUAACAUUAGUGGAUAUAAUGCUUAGGA